AUGACAGCAGGAACUGUUGUAAUCACUGGUGGAAUACUAGCGACAGUGAUCUUACUGUGUAUCAUUGCUGUUCUCUGCUAUUGUAGGCUACAGUAUUACUGCUGCAAGAAAGAUGAGUCUGAUGAAGAGGAAGAGGAGGAAGAGGAGGAGGAGGAGGAGACCGACCUUCCCCCGCACUCACACUAUGUCAUGUGCAAUGCUUGCAACUCUCGUAUCAUGGACGGGCAGGGCAACCCCUCCUUCCCACCCCACGAGCUUAACAAGCAGGGGGGGCGGAACUAUUGCCCCACUUGCUCGCCCUACGGCUCCCCCUUUUACAUACGGACCGCUGACAUGGUGCGGAACGGAGGCGAGAGGAUCGCCUAUACACCGACGUGCUGCAAGGAAAUGGGAUUGCCCAUCAAAAUGGCAACCCUCCAGAGCUACCCGGUGACCCACCACUGCAUCAUCCAUGAGACCUUUCCAAACCCGAGGGCUUUUAGUACAGAAGUGUGA